AAACAAAGCUAGAAUAUCGAAGUACUUUAGCUAAAUAGGGAAUGUAGAUUAAGUAUCCAUUUAGUUAGACAAUAAUAUUCCUGGAAAAUAUAUUUUCUAUAUAAUUUUAAGAGAUUAAGGCACUGGCGCAGUUUUUUUUAUUAACGGGUUUAACUAAACCCCCAUGAUUGCCUAAAUGUAGGACUUCAUUGUUUCCUAGUCGCCAGUAUUUUGUAGAGGACUCACGAGGAAUUCCGCCAACUUGCUAACGUUGCCACACUUUUCACAGUUUGGAACGAUUUUACCAUUUUACAUUCGAUUAUGGCUGUGCCAGGUCCCAACAAGGACAACAUCAGGGCUGGAUGCAAGAAAUGUGGUUACCCUGGACACCUGACGUUUGAGUGUCGCAACUUUGUGCGUGUGGAUCCCCAGAAGGACAUAGUUCUGGAUGUGAGCAGCACCAGCACCGAGGAAAGCGAAGAGGAUGAGCCGGAAGUUGUUCGCAUUGAAAAGCCGGUCCGAGGUAAUCGGCACUCUAAAGGUUCUCAUGAUGAUUCUAGAAAAGAACGACACAAAAGAAAGAAAACUAAAGACAGUAAAUCAAGAAAGAGGACAUAUUCCUCAAGUGACGAAGAAGAGAGCAAGAAGAGAAAGAAGCACAAGAGCCACAAGAAGAAAGGCAAGAAGGAAAAGAAAGAACGUCAUAAGAAGAAGCAGAAAAAGAAACAUGAAUCUUCCUCAUCUGAUAGCUCCAGUGGUUCUUCAGACACCGACUAAAACAUGAACACGUUUUUUUUAUGUAGUCAAUUUUCUUUUGUCGAUUUUGAAUUUGUGUGUGAAUAUUACCCUGAUGGCAUACGGUUAAUAAUCACGUUUUCACAAAUCAUUUUUACCCGAUGUGUAUAUUGAUACAAGUUAGACCCCUCUAUAUUUUCCACUUUUCUGGGAAGUGGGUGUACUGCUUUUUGUUCAUUUACUCUAAGUAAUAAAAUGUUUUAUAACAUUUA